UUUAAGCAAAAAGUCUCCAGGGACUGGGAUACGAAUGUACGCCGGCUGGCCCGCGGGGGGCCCUGCCGGUCGUAAUUAGUAAUCCGAUAGCCAGUAAAACCGGUGAUCAGUUCGAAGGUGGUGUUCCAGGGUGUUCUACUGCCAUGAGUUUGGCCCAUAGAAGGCAAUAGAACACGUGAAGUACGAGAGGUUCGGCCAGUUAGGAGGUUUGUGAUCGUGGCGGAGCCCGGGGAUAUAGAAAAUGUUCCAAGUGAGGAGUUUCCAAGUUUCCAAAACUGCUGAACACACAUUGAAGCCAGGUGGCGGCGUACCGACGAGGCAAGGAAAACCCAGGAAAACGAGAUAAGACAAGGCAAGGCAAGGCAAGGCCUGGCCUGGCCUGGCGUGGCCUGGCCUGGCCUGGUAGUUCUGACAUGAGUGUUGAGUAAGCCUCAAAUGGCAAGUUGACUUGCAUUGAAGGUGGCGAUCAGUUGGAGGUAAACCUUACCAUCACCCCAACCUAUCAGCCAGAACCAUUCGCAACAGAUACACGACCGAUCAUGCUUCCUACGGAGCCGCGAGAAAAUGUGUUCGGCGAGAAUCUGGAUAUUGCUGCCCUCCGUGACAUCGAGGAAGACCUUGAACCAGAAGACGUGGUUCGUAUCCUGUUCUUAACAACAGAUGAUUGGCCAGCCGCUGUGCUACAAAAAUGCGUCCUGAAAAUGACCAGUGCAGAUUGUGGCAAAGCAGCGGCUGACUCCUUCUCAAGCUGGGCAAAAAGGUUUUGAAAACGCGACGUGGAAAUACUUGUUUCUGGAAGCUCUGGCGGUCAUUGGCAGACUGGAUGUGCUGGCCACCCUUGGUUUGGAUCGGGAACAGAUCAGUCGUCUGGAAAAGCCGGUCUUCUUGUCGUCACUCAAGGUUACCCUCAAUACGAUUUGCUGCCAGAUCCAGCAGGAAGAUGUCGGUCGUUUGUGUGAUAGCAUUUCCAACCAUCAUCCCGAUGCCGUAUCACCACCAUUUCCUAAAGGCCGUACCAUCAAGCAGCUACUGGAGCUCCAUAUACUGCACUGGAUGCAAAAGCGGAUAAUUGACCUUACCGACUUGACCGUUCUGGCAGACGGACUUCUGAGUAUCGGUCGAGAUGACCUGAGAGCUGUGUUGGUCGGGGAGCCCUCAGCGCUAAUGGCCACCGGCAUUGUGAACCCCGAUGUUGACCACAGGAAGGUGGUGGAUAUGACUGGGAUUCCCGGCGCAUCACAGGAUGUGCCAACCUGGAAGAUAUAUCCCAACUCCCGCGGAUUUUGCAUGGUUUUCAACCAGAUGGACUUCAUGUGCCAAAAGGAGAGCUGUGGCUUAAAGGAAUGGAUCGACCAUGGUCGGCGCGAAGGCUCUGAUUUGGACGCGGAGAUGCUGUUGACGACAUUCCAGAAAUUGGGAUGUGAGACGAAGGUCUUUCCCAACUGCAGAAAGUGUGAUAUUGAGGCAAGGCUGCGGUCAGUAUCAGAAGAUAAUGACAUGAAGUCUUUCGAUUUUCUCGUGGUGUGCUUCCUCUCUCAUGGAGACAGAGACUCUCGCGGACACUUCAUUCUGAGCUCCGACUGUGACUCAUUGUGGCUGAACGACCUGUUCCACUACUUUGGGGCCCACCGCUGCGCGGCUUUGGCCGGGAAGCUCAAGAUCGUGAUCACACAGGCUUGCCGCGGUCCCAACGCGCUGCGUCCAGUGGUGAUUGCGGAUGGGCCGGGAGGUGGUGGAUGUGGUGGAGGUGAAGGUGGCUUACGACAGCAGCGGAACGUACGGUAUACGACGGCGCUCGCCGACUUUCUUUUCCUUUCUGCCACCACACCCGGAAACAAGGCAUUCCGUGUGCCGGACUGGGGCUCUUACUAUGUCAGGGCGUUGUGUGAGGUGCUGGACGCGCGCGGCCACUUGGAGGAGAUAUCCUGCUGUAUGAAGGACGUUCACAACCGCAUCGCGGGAUAUCGCAUCAACGUCAAGGACGCUGAUGAUGUCGUGCGCGAAGUACGCCAUGCAGCCGGAGGUGACCGACACCACUACGGGACGUUUCAGGUUUAAAAGAGUGGCAUGAGUGGCCUGAGCGGUGCGCUCCCGUAGUCGCACGCAUGCAUAGACUGCACGAGGAUGUCUGGGGAACUUCUCUGCGUCUGAAAUCAAAGAGUGGUGUCAAUUCCGCCGGCGUGGCCACGUUUCCUGGUGAUAUGGUGAGGUGGUAUUGUGUCAGCGCACUUGGGGGUGGCCAUUGCCGCAAAUGCCUUCAUCAUUUGCUGUUUGUUAGUGAGCUGUGACAGACGCGGCGGCAUCCGCCAUUUGCCGUUACUUUCAUUGUUUCAGUGGAGUCACAGGGGUCAGAUCGCUCAGAUUUAAUGGAGCUUUCACUUGACUUGCGGCCGACGAGAUGUGGCUUACCGACGGGGGUCGAGUUCAUGCUUAACUUUGUGAUACUCGGUCUCAUAGAGACCUUCCGCUGGCGGUCCUGAACCUGCAUUUGCGCUAUCGUGUCCGUGCCGGGACGGCUGCUUGCUAGCCUCGUAUGAAUAGAAGAUCCAUUUACCACAGUGCUCAAUGUACUGAACGUGCCUUACGAUCGUCGUCAAUUGCUUCCCGCUGAAGCAACUUUAUGAAGUGUUGAAAAUACAGUGAUUGGGCUGGA